UGAAAUCUUGAAACUUUAUGAUAUAACAAACUCAUCUUCCUACUCCAUUACAGAUUAUAUAAUUAAACUUACCUAAAUUUCCCACCUUCAAUAUUACCGCCCCAACCCAAUCUAUAUCUUUAUGUAUAUACAGUCACACACCACCAUUUUAUUACUUUAUUAUUCAAAGAUCUAAAAUGGCUGCUAAAGAUUGAAAAAGAUUGAAACUUGGAGUACUUCAGAGGUUUUUGACAGUCUUUAAUGGCUUAAAAUGCCUAAAGUUUUCUGGGAUUUGAAGUUCAGAUUGAUAUAUAGAGAGGUGUUUCGCAAGGGCGGACCUAGUAAGAGUCCAGGGUGGGCGGGCGCACCCCCUGAAAAAAAAAAUUAGUGUAUUUUAUAAGCUGGGAUCUGCAGUUCGCGCUUAGUGGCUUUUGCGGUCAAUUAACGAAACCUGCGAAUUAUGGAUGUUGAGAAUGAAAAAUGCUGGCAAAAAUCUAAGAAGGAUUCAUGGAGGACGACGCUGCUGUUAGCUUAUCAAAGUCUCGGUGUAGUCUACGGUGACCUCAGCACGUCUCCUCUCUACGUUUAUCGAAGCACAUUUGCCGAAGAUAUUCAGCACUCGGAAACAAACGAAGAGAUUUUCGGCGUACUUUCUUUCGUUUUCUGGACUUUGACACUCGUCCCGCUUUGCAAAUACGUGUUCAUAGUUCUCAGAGCCGAUGACAACGGCGAAGGUGGUACAUUUGCACUUUAUUCGUCAAUAUGCCGGCAUGCUAAAGUAAGCCUGUUACCAAACAGACAGGUUGCGGAUGAAUCGUUAUCUACGUAUAAGUUGGAGCAAUUGCCCGAUAGGGAAUAUAAUUCGAAAGUGCGAAUGUUGCUCGAAAAGUACAAGUUUUUGCAUACCGCGUUACUAAUCUUGGUUCUUCUUGGCACUUGUAUGGUAAUCGGAGACGGAGUUCUAACUCCCGUCAUAUCGGUUUUCUCUGCGGUUUCUGGGCUCGAGUUAUCGAUGUCUAAAGGUCAUCAUGAGUAUGCAAUGAUCCCAAUUACCUGCUUCAUAUUGGUUUGCCUAUUUGCUCUCCAACACUAUGGCACACAUCGUGUCGGUUUCUUUUUCGCGCCAAUCGUGUUGGUAUGGCUAAUAUGCAUAAGUGGCCUUGGUUUAUACAAUAUAAUCCAUUGGAAUCCACAAGUUUAUCAAGCUCUUUCACCAUAUUACAUGUUGAAGUUCUUCAAGAAGACCAAAAAACAAGGAUGGAUGUCUUUGGGAGGAAUUUUACUGUGCAUAACAGGCUCGGAAGCAAUGUUUGCGGAUCUUGGUCACUUCUCUUACGCUGCAAUCCAGAUUGCGUUCACAUUUCUGGUUUAUCCGGCACUCAUACUUGCUUAUAUGGGUCAAGCAGCUUACUUAUCGAAAAAUCACCAAAACGUCGAUCAUAUCAGCUAUUACGUCUCCGUACCAGAAAGCUUGAGGUGGCCCGUGCUUGUAAUAGCCAUUCUUGCUUCGGUUGUCGGAAGCCAAGCGAUCAUCAGCGGAACGUUCUCGAUUAUAAACCAAAGUCAAUCACUCGGUUGUUUUCCGAGAGUCAAAGUUGUGCAUACUUCCGACAAGAUUCAUGGUCAAAUCUACAUACCCGAGAUCAACUGGAUACUCAUGAUCCUAUGCAUUGCUGUCACUAUCGGUUUUCGAGACAUCAAGCACAUGGGAAAUGCAUCAGGAUUGGCAGUAAUGGCGGUAAUGCUGGUGACGACCUGCCUUACGUCUUUAGUAAUCAUACUUUGUUGGCAUAAACCGCCGAUUAUCGCUCUUUGUUUCUUGCUCUUCUUCGGGUCAAUAGAACUACUCUACUUCUCGGCUUCGUUAGUCAAAUUCCUCGAAGGCGCAUGGCUUCCGAUCUUACUAGCACUCUUUCUAGUAACCGUAAUGUUCGUUUGGCACUACGCCACCAUUAAGAAAUACGAAUACGACCUUCACAAUAAAGUCUCGUUAGAAUGGCUUCUAGCGUUGGGUCCCACUUUGGGCAUUUGUAGGGUCCCGGGGAUCGGGCUCGUGUUCACCGACUUAACAUCGGGAAUUCCCGCAAACUUUUCGCGGUUUGUCACUAACCUCCCGGCUUUUCACCGUGUCUUGGUGUUUGUGUGUGUUAAAUCUGUACCCGUCCCAUUUGUCCCUCCGGCCGAAAGGUAUUUAGUAGGUCGUGUGGGUCCCGCAUCUCUUCGUGCGUAUAGGUGCAUUGUGCGGUACGGUUAUCGAGACGUUCACCAGGAUGUUGAUUCGUUCGAGUCGGAUCUUGUUAAAAGGCUUGCGGAUUUUAUCCACUAUGAUUGGUGCCGCUCACAAACGAGUACAGAUCGAGGUACCGACGAUCAUCCAUCCGCUUCAGAGAGAUCAUCAGGCGAACACAGACUAGCGGUGGUGGGAAACAUUGACUUCACUAGAAGCCUGGUUUUCGAGGUGGAUGAAAGCAUGCAACAAGAAAGCGUAUCAUGCGGGUUCCAAACCGUCGAAAGCAUAGGUGACAUCAUCGAAAUGAGCACACCUAAAGAGAGACGGGUGCGGUUCGCCAUUGACGACCCUGAAGAUCCAUCCGAGGUUCAGUUAAGACAAGAACUUGAAGACCUCAUGGCAGCUCAACAAAGCGGGACCGCUUUCAUACUCGGGCAUUCGCAUGUGAAAGCGAAACAAGGGUCGUCGGUUUUUAAGCGAAUCGCGGUUAACUUCGGGUAUAACUUCCUACGGAGGAAUUGCCGGGGCCCGGAUGUUGUUUUGAAGGUCCCUCCUGCAUCUCUUUUGGAAGUUGGUAUGGUUUAUGUUGUAUAAAUAUAUAUAUAUAUAUCUAUAGGUCUUUGUAGCUAGUUUCUGUUCAUAAUAUUGAAACAAUGAAGAUUUUGGAUGUUGCCAAAGUGAUGUUUUUUCUGUUUGUUUUUACAAAUUAUACAAAGGAGUAAAUUACAAAAA